AUUCUGCGCAUGCGUGUUGGUUGAUUCGCGUGGAACUGGGAAGAGGAGUGUGUGCAGAUGGACUGAUAGGUAGUUAGAAGCCACAGCUCCUGUUUUCCAGAAUGGCUCCUUCCUCCUCCUCCUCCUCCUCCUCUUCAUGCUGCUGCUGCUGUCCCCGUUUCUGGCUGUGCUCUCGCUCCUCAGCCUACACUCUGACUCUGGGCUUGGGGUUUGUCACACUGGGGACCAGUCGUAUCAUCCUGCUCAAAUUCUCCGCCAAUGAAGAUAACAAGUAUGACUUUCUCCCUGCCUCUGUAAAUUUAAUGGCAGAGGCUGUCAAGCUCAUCUUCUGUUUAGUGAUGUCACUGCGAGUGAUCAUUCGAGAGGGUCGCUCAUGUAAGGACUUGGGCUGUUCCUCUGGUUCUUCUCUUCCUAGCUGUCUAAAGUGGGCUGUCCCUGCAUUCCUGUAUUUCCUUGACAACCUCAUUAUCUUCUAUGUGAUGACCUACCUGCAGCCUGCCAUGGCAGUAUUGUUCUCCAAUGUUGUCAUUCUUACCACAGCAGUUCUGUUCCGAAUUAUUUUGAAGAGGCGCUUGUCCUGGGUACAGUGGGCUUCCCUCAUCAUCCUCUUCCUCUCCAUUGUGGCACUGUCCACAGGCACAGCUGGUAACCAGCACAUGAACUCCACACACAUCCUGCACCCAGCACACCUCUCCACUCCCUCCGGCAGCUGCCUCAACUACACUCGUUUGGAGACGGAUUGGCACGACCGCAGCAACUCCAGCUGGUUGGAAGGUCUACCGCAGCAGCUGCAGGGCAGUCAGAUCCUCCAGCGUCUUCGCAGUUUCGGCUUUGGCUACGUGCUUUUGCUGCUCCAGUGCUUCAUCUCACCACUGGCCAACAUCUACAACGAGAAGAUCUUCAAGGAUGGUGAGCAGCUGGCCGAGAGCAUCUUCAUCCAGAACAGCAGACUGUAUGCCUUCGGGUUGGCCUUCAAUGGCCUUACGCUGCUCCUGCACAGUGACUCUCGGGUGGUCACUCUACACUGUGGCCUGCUGCAUGGUCACAAUGCUUACUCCGUGAUGCUGAUCUUCGUGACUGCGGCCUUCGGCCUGUCUGUGGCCUUCAUCCUGAAGUUCCGUGACAAUAUGUUUCAUGUGCUGACGGGCCAGAUCACCACGGUGAUCAUCACGGCACUUUCACUUUUCCUCUUUGACUUUCACCCGUCACUAGACUUCUUCCUGCAGGCACCUGUGGUGCUGCUGGCUAUUUUCAUCUACCACAGCAGCAAACCGAAGGACCCAGAGUAUGCACUGCAACAGGAGCGGCUCAGGGUCAUCAACGGGGAGGUGUAUGAGAGGUCCAGAGGGGAUGGGGAAGAGCUGGAGAGACUUACCAAGUCCAACACAGAGAGUGAUUCUGAAGAGGAGUCUUUCUGAGCCUGUAUGAACCUCUCACAUUCCAGCCUUCAACUGCUGUGACCUGACUGUAAUUAUCUUGUAAAUGACCUGUUAAUGUGCCUGUAUUUAUAAUGCUGCUUGGCACUUUAAACACUUGAACCGUGCUGUAUGAUAUUGACAUAACCAUGCCAUAAACAUGUCAUAUGUCACAAUAUAUCAUAGAUAUCAGAGUUUUUUUUCCAGUAAUAUAGAGUUGUAUCCAGUACGUUGUUUAACACCUCUGGUCAAAUUACAUGUUUUGUUGAUUUUCUGAGUGAGAAUAAGUAACACAUCCUCUACAGAGAACAAACUUAAGUAAGCAUUUUUCUGCUAAUUGUAGUGCACAGUUUCUAUUUAUUUGCUCAGUUUAACAUAUUGGAAAUGUGUUUUUUCCCCCAAUAUAUUAACUUAAGCAAAUAAACAGUAAUGGUGUAUUAGUAUGUGCAGAACUGUCAUCAUUUGACCAAGGCUGUCAAAUCUUUUACAUAUGAUUGUAGCAUUGUCAUGUUAUCAAUCAUCAUGAUAGCUUAUGUCACAUGCUAAUUUCUGCUAAGUGUACCCUAGUUAGCAGUCAUGACAUCGAACGUGGCAUCUGUGUUGUCAAUUACGAGUAAUGGUAAAAUUACACUGUUAUCUUACUGAACAAAAAUCUGUCUUAGUAACACAGUAACAGAAUAUGGCAUUUGCUAUAAUGUUAUGCAGCAAGCUUCAAGUAAAGUGUUGCCUAAUGCUGUUGCUGUAAUGAUGGCACUAUCUGUCUGUCUUUCUCUCUCUCUCUCCAUCUAUCUAUCUAUCUAUCUAUCUAUCUGUCUAUAUAUAUAUAUAUAUAUACAUAUAUAUAUAUAUAUAUGUGUAUUGUGGUAUUUCUUAUAAAUGUUCAUGGGUGUUUUCUCAAAUGUGACUAGGCUACUGAGACAAAUUACAUUACUGAAAUGGCGUAUUAAACAUGUUAGAUUUUAUAGCUCUAUUUAAAAUGGUCCGUGUAUAUUCAGAAAGAGUGGAAUGUGUUUGCUCUUCUCAAGAUAAUAUUCCAUUGAUUCCACUGUUACUAUCAUAAGUGCAUAUCGCAUUCAAGUGGUUCUUCAGUACUUGCGUCCAUUCGCAUUAAUUACUACUGACCAGCUGUUGACUGUGUACUGGGUUUACUUACAGAAGUUGCUUUUUACUGAGAAUUAAGAUGGCACAGAAAAGGAAAAUGGAAAUAUAUGAAAAAUAUUUUUAACUUUGAAAUUACAUUGGUAAUUUUCUCGAGCCUUAAUUUAUAAAAAUGCUUAUUUACAUCAGUGAGGCAUUAUAUCUGUGUUUUCUCUUGUGCCAUGGCAUCCCUCCUCUUACCUGCCUGCUUUUAGUAGAAUUUCACAUAGAUUUCUUUAUGAAGUCAUGUAUUCACAUCAGGAAAACGGCAGUAUUUUUAUUUGAUGGAACUGCAGUAUUUAUUUUGGCAACACUUAAAAUAAAUCUGCUCAAGAAGUGUAAUUUUUAGAAUGGCAAACUUUUGUUGUCAUUGUCUCAGGUAGCGCUGAGUAUUGAAAAUGGGUAAUUUUAUGGUACUAAUAAUAAAACAUGAUACUUUUAAAGCACUUUUCAAGAAACAAA